ACACACGCUUGCACACGCAACAGCCCUUGCCUAGCCAUUCCAGCAAGCGCCACCAACAACAGCACGCCGCUUUCUCUUUGUGUGUGUGCCAGCCACGCCGCCUCCUCGCUGCACCGCUCUCCUUCUUCUCUGCCCUUCUUGCUUGUCAACUGCGGUUGCCGUUUCCACCCCUUGUGUGCUCGGUGACCCAUCGCCUGCGUGUGCACACGUCGUGUGUGUGCGAGUGAACGUGUGUGUGGACGAACGCAACCCCUCCCCCUCCAUCUUUCACCCAAGCACAGACAGCCAAGGCACCCAAGGAAAGGAUCCGUCAAGUCACAUCACGCGAACCAACCAACCAAAGGAACCCACAACAAAUCAACGUCCUUUUCCCACCUCUCUUUGUCUCUCUCUCUGUCUCUGCCUCUGUCUCUGCCUCUCUCUCUCUCUCUGUCUCUCAACCCAUCUCGGGAUCCGUCGCUCGCGCCAUGCCCACGGACGAGCGUGGCCGCGGCCCUGCAAGUGCAGCGGGCAUGGGCGAUCCGUCCACGGUUCGUGCCUACGCCAAGCUGCAGGGUGAGGACUUUACCUACUACAUCCAGACCUUGAGUGUGACGCUGGGCCGCUACACGCCCACGAAUCGCGUGGACAUCAACCUCGGCACCUCGAGCGCCAUCUCGCGCCUCCACGCCAAGAUCGAGUACAACUUCAACCUGCAGCAGUUUGUGCUGUUCCCCUUGGGCAAGAACGGCGUCUACAUCAACGGCGACCUCUACAAGCGUGACACCGCUUUCGCCCUCCAAUCAAGAACCGCCAUUCAGAUUGGCGAUGUGUGCUUUUACUUCUUGCUCCCUGUGGGGCCCGACUCGCAGACAAUGCCACCAGCACCGCAGGCGCCGCAGCUGCACCUCGAGCAGCCCCCAUCCCCAGGCAUUGCCGCAAACACCAUGACGCAACCGUGUUCCUACCUGGCGACACGCGACAACUCGCAAUGUACAAGUCCAACACCACAACAGCAGCAGAACGCCCGCUCCCGUAACUUCUUCACGCAGGCCUUGUCUGACCGCCUUGGCAAGUUGAAGGAGCGAGCACGGCGGUCGCGACGCGGCGGGCACACGGGUCGGGUCGGCUCCACGGGCUCAACAGGCGCUGGCGGUGCGCGCCGCCGCAGUCUUGGGCGCCUUGGGCGUCGCAAGAGCGCAAGCACGGAGGACGUGUUCUCCGCAGCGUCAGCAGCGACCGGCAGUGGACAGGGCGUCCAGUUUUCCGCCUUGCCCCGCGUGGAAGGAGGUGGUGAUGCCGACGACGACGCACACGCACACGCGCGCGCGCACGCCAGCGGGCCUGGUGAUGCCACUGCAUCCAUGCUGGUGCGGCAAGGCGCAGCAAUGGGCGUGGGCGUGGUGAUGGACGACGACGCACAUGAUUUGCCUGCAGGCAGCCAGCGCGCUCCACUCCCAGGCGCAAACCAAAGCAACGACAGCAACAGCAGCAGCGGCAGUGGGGCCGAUGGCGGUGACGGCCGCAUGCUGGGAACAGGCGUUGUGCCCAACGAGGAGGUGAUGGGUGCUGCUACCACAAUGGCCAGUCUUGCCGCCGCCGCCACGCACGCGCACGGGGCUGCGAUGAUGGACGUUGGUGACGAGGACGGCAACUCGGGUGCGGGCACGGCAUUGAAACACCAACGACAGGGCGGCGCAUCGACAGGUGCUCGGGCCGCCAAUGCGGGUGCAACUGCAACAGCCGGUAAACGACAGCGGCGGCAGUCACGCCACAAGCAGCAGCAGCAACAGCAAAUGCAGCAGAUGCAGCAGAUGCAGUACUCUUAUCAGCAGCAGCAGGUGUACACGCAAGCGCAGGCGCAGCAACACCAUGCUGCUGCUCUGCAACUGCAUGCAUACGCACAACAACAGCAUCAACAGCAACAGCAGCAGCAACAGCAACUGGAGUUUGAACAACGGCAGAAGCAGAAGCAGGAGCAGCAGCAGCGAGCGAAGGAUCCCUGGUGCACCGAUCCAACCAUCAAGCCGCCAUACUCCUACGCCGUCAUGAUUGCACAGGCCAUUCAUAAGCACCCGGAGCGGCGGCAGACGCUGGCUGGCAUUUACAAGUACAUCAUGGACUCAUAUCCCUACUUUGCAACACAGGACCCAACGGGCUGGCAGAAUUCCAUUCGCCACAACCUGUCGCUCAACAAAAACUUUGUGCGCGUGACACGUGGCCCAAACGAGCCUGGCAAGGGCGCGUUUUGGAUCAUCGAGCCUACCAUGUAUGAUGACAUUGUCAAGGACCUCUUCAAACGCAAGUCCAGAGGCCCCAAGAGCAAAUCCCGCCCAAAGAAGGCAUCAAAGAAGAAAGCGCCGCGCAAGUUGUCGCGAUCGGAAGCACAAAGCGCUCGUGACAGUGCGGGCCCCAGCCCCUCAAAGACGGUGGCACAGAGCCUUGCACACAUGCGCGUAGGCCAAAAUAGCAGCGGCAGCGGCGGUGUUGGUGGCAAUGGUGGUGGUGGUGGUGGUGGUGGCAACACAUUUGCCACACACUCGACGAAUAGCAGUCAUGCCACUGCAAGUCAGAGUACCAGUGGUGGUCGUGCCGCCAAUGGAUUGCCUUCAAGCACAAUGGGAAGCGGUGGUGGGACGACGACGACGACGAUGAUGAUGCCGGCAACAGCGACGACGGCGGCGAGCGUGGCCACGUCGCAAAUGAUGAGUGGCGUUGGCUUCAACGGAUAUGCCAUCAACCCGACUGGCCUCGCCACACACACGACGCUGCCUUCGUCCUCAUCUGCAGGGCACACGUCGACAACAGCGACAUCAGCACACUCCCUGCCCAUGAUGAGUGGCCUCUCGUAUCGCAUCACUGGUGCGCAGGAUAUCAUCACCACCGCUGCCCCGCCCUCCACCGCCACCUCCACCGCCACCACAUCUGCCAACAGCUUUGCUGUGGGUGCUGCACAGAUGCAGCUGCACACGGCGCAGCACCCUGGAUUGCCGCACUUUGGCAUGGUGGCUGCAACAGCAUCGUCGCCUGCGUCCGCAAUGGCAACACCAUCAACCAACACGUCGGCACCGACGCCAACGUCAAGCAGCUACCACCACCACCAGCAACAUCAGCGUGCAUCCACGCCUGGCAGCGGCAGCAGCGCCGCGCGCGGGUGGGAUGCGCAGAUGCUGCUCAUGCCGCAGGGCCCUGCGUCCACCAUCACGACACCUCCACCAGGCAUGAUGACCGAUGCGGGUCUUCUACACGGCACGACGAGCGGGCCCAACACGGCGCUGGGCACGGGCAGCAACACCCCAGCAGGACAACAGACGCCAACACACCUCGGCGGCGUUGUUGGCGGUGGCAGUAGUGGGAUGCUUGGACUGCCGCGAAUGGGCACGUUUUCGACGCCGUCACCGCUGCCAACGGGCUCGAUGGAGGGCGUGACGUUUGCACGCGCACAGACGCCUUCAGCAGCGCUGUCGACAGGUCCACCAGCACCACAACAACACCACCACCACCAACAACACUACCAACAUCAACAUCAGCAGCACCAUCAACAGCAGCAGCACCAUCAACAGCAGCAGCGACAAGCAAGUGCAACCAACGGUGGUGGCGGUCGCGGUGGUGGGCAAGUUCUGCCACCCCAAUCGUCGCACUUUCCAUCCAUCAACACAUCGCACCAGCAGCAACCACAGCAUCAACCACAGCAGCAGCGGCAACCGUUGAUCGGGUCCGUGCAGGGUGUGGUUGGUAAUGGUACCAGCAGCAGCCGCAGCAGCCGCAGCGGUGGUGGUGGUGGUGGCGACACGCAGAAGCAACCUGCAGAUGACAAUGUCAGUGAGCAGCAGCCCCUCAUCACGCUGUCGACGGCCAGCACCACCACUGCCGCACCAGCAGCGAGUACUGCACCCACGUCGCUUGCCUACACAGUCACGUCCGCAUACAGCGCGACUACACACGACGAUAGUGGCCAGACACAAUAACGCAGAGGGUGUGUCUGUGUCUGAUCGUCCAUGUACCUGUCCGUAUGUAUGUGUGUGUAUGUGUCUGUGUAUGUCUAUGUGUCUGCGAGGUUUUGUAAACCACACCCUCAUUCACACACGCACACGCACACACUCUCUCCCUCGUGCUUGUGUACAUGCUGUUGAUGCGAGUGUGUCAGAUCUAGUUGUGUAUGUUCUUGGUGAAGCACGCGUGCCGGUGCUUUGUCCGCGUUGCUGCUGUUGACCACGUGGUGGCCGUUCGUUUCUAUUUGUCGCCCGCCUCCUUGGUGUGCUUUCGCUUGCACUGUGUAUUUGCACUGUGAACGUGCUGUCGUGACUGUAACUGCUCUUGAUAGUGGUUCGCGCCCUCCCCCGCCCCUUUUCUCUCAUCAUCUUCUUAUCUCUUGGUCCUUCUUCCUUCUUGCAUCGUGUGCCUGUUUGGUUUGGUGCAGGGGCUUUGACCGUGCCCCCAAUCAAUCAAUACGCAUAUACGCUCCUACCUACUCUUGCUCUCUUUCGACUUGCUUUGUGUUGGCUAGAUGUUAGCUGGUGUGUCUCUGCUGUUGCUACAACUUACGCUUCCCCCCCCCCCUCUCUCUCUAAGCUUGAACCCAUGUGUGCUGUCCACCUUAUCUGGCAGCAGUGAUAGUGGUCUUGUUGGUGUUGUCGUUGUUUGACUUUGUUUGACGUUCUUGUUGCUCUCUGUCUUGAGGAGGGCAUGGCCAUGCCCCCUUGCUUGCUCCAUUACACGAUCCAAAGUGA